UUUGAUAGAUUUGAAAGAAUCUUUGAUGCUCAAUUCCCAAGAUUCAACAAGAAUGCGACAAUUCCUCCAAAUUCAAACCAUCUAAAGAUAGUUGUUGAUCAUUAUAAACUUCGCAGCUCAUUAAAAUCACCAGAAAGAAAACCAAUAAAUUUGUAUCUCUUACAUGGAACAGGGAUGACAAAAGCCAUUUGGAGAUAUUAUGCUAAAAGAUUAUAUGAAUUUUCAGAAACAGAAUCUCCAAUCUGGCAAAUUGAUAACAUUAUUGCCAUGGAUCUUGUUACUCAUGGUGAAUCUGCAAUGUUCAAUAUGGGCAAAUUAGGAUAUGAAUAUGAUUGGAGAGAUGGUGCCAGAGACUUGGUCAAGAUUGCCUCUGAGUUAAAUUUACAAGGUGAUAAUAUUGCUAUUGGACAUUCAAUGGGUGGGUUUCAAUCCGUUUAUGCUGCAUUUUUGGCGCCUACAUUGUUUAAAUUUGUCGUUCCAAUUGAGGCUGUUUUGAACCAAUCUGAGAAUUCUCGCAAAAGGUUUAAAGGCUUAUUGCCUGCUCUAAAUAAGGUUAUUACCACUGAGUUUAGGAAUGAGGUGGAAUAUGAAACAUUUAUGAAAAAGAAGAGUUUCUAUACAGGUUUUAAUAAAGAGAUUUUGGAUGACUUCAUCAAGGCUGAAAAAUGGGUUCACCCAGACGGCACUGUUUCUACAAAGACUUCAAAACAACAGCAGAUGCUCGGAUAUUAUGUUGGUGGCUUUAUAACUCCAAUAGCUUUAGAAGUUGUUCACAAUAUCUUCAUUCCUAUUGUUCAUGUUAUAGGCAGUGAAGCCACAUGGAAUGAAAAAGAGAGUGUGGAACUCAUACGUAAUGGACAUAUCAACGUACUAGACGCUGUUGAUAUAAAAGGCGGUCAACAUUUAGUUAAUGGAGAGCAGCCCGAUGAGGUUAUUAAAGUAUUG